GGCUCCGGUCUGUGGCUUAUUGUCCGCGUGAUGGUUAGGACUAUUGUGCAGUAAUAAGCGAUGGGAGAAGAAAUAAUACUGGACAGUAUAUUAUAAAAGCAUAAUUACCUUACUAUGUUUUGGCAACAGUACCAAUAUUAAGAAAACGAAAAAAUACGUAGAAUAAUAAUCUGUCACAUUAAAAUAAAAUAAAUGGUACAAAAAAGUAGUAUGUCUACGACGCCUUCAACCUCGACCCAAGAGACCCAAGAGAUCCAGAUGGACAUUUUUGAUAAUCCUGGUUCACAGGGCAAGUAUGGCAAGCGGAAGGGCCGCUUCAAGCGCUCUGACGGCAGCACCUCCUCUGACACCACCUCCAAUAGCUUUGUCCGACAGGUAGGCCCCACUCUGCUGACCCUGCUCAGCCCACUCACUCUUCCUGCCUGCUCCUAUUUUCAUCCCAUGUCAUUUGGUCUGAGGUAGAGGAGUAACACUGACAUGCCUGGUUUCUGAGGCUACAGUUUGAUCAUUUUGUACUGUUUUACCUUCUAAAUACCUCACUGUGGUGUUUUAAUAGGGAUAUGAUAGACACCAGAAACACUAGACCAGCCAUCCAUUUAGAGGCCAUAAUUCUGCAUCAUUAGGCCCAA